UAUGAGGGGAGCUACUUGGUUAGUGACGAAUAUACGUGUUUUUGGACAUGAGUUUGUGCAAUAGAGACGGCGGAUUGUAGCAAAGCACAAUUCACAAUCAAACGCUGCUUAAUAUUUUACGAUCCAAUAGGAAUCAUGAGUGUUCUCUUGGAGACCUCUGCUGGCGACAUCGUCAUCGACCUUCUUGUCGAUUACGCGCCAAAGCUCUGCGAGAACUUCCUUAAGCUCUGCAAAGUCAAGUACUACAACUUCUCGCCCGUUUAUGGCGUGCAGAAGAACUUCUCGUUUCAGAGCGGCGACCCACUCGGACCAGACUCGAAACACAGCGAUGGCGGAAGCUCGAUAUGGGGAAUCCUGGAUGGCCCAGCGAAGAGGACGUUCGAAGCGGAAUUAAACCCGAAGCUGAAGCAUGCAGAGCGAGGCACAGUGAGCAUGGCAACUGUACAGUCACCACGAGACCCCGACAAGCGAAUCGCAGGGAGUCAGUUUAUAAUUACACUUGGCGAUGAGUUGGAUUACCUGGAUGGCAAAGCGGCGAUAUUCGGGAAGGUUGUUGAGGGAUUUGACGCACUGGAGAAGAUAAACGAGGCAAUAUGCGACGAGAAGGGGAGGCCUAUGGUGGAUAUCCGCAUAAAACAUACUGUCGUCCUUGAUGACCCUUACGACGACCCACCCGGAUUGACCGAACCCCCUGGAUCGCCUCCCCCAAGCAAGGAGCAGCUCGCAACGGUCCGUAUUGGCGAAGAUGAAAACCUCGAAGAGACAACGGACCCAGAAGCCGUGGAACGGCAACGGCGAGAGCGCGAGGCUCGGGCCCAAGCGCUCACACUGGAGAUGGUGGGCGAUCUCCCAUUCGCUGAAGUCAAGCCUCCCGAGAACGUCCUAUUUGUAUGCAAGCUUAACCCAGUAACUACAGACGAGGACCUUGAGUUGAUCUUCUCCCGCUUUGGCACUAUCCUCUCCUGCGAAGUCAUUCGUGACAAGCGAACUGGCGACAGUCUUCAAUACGCCUUUAUUGAAUAUGCAGACCAGGCUUCUUGCGAGCAAGCUUACUUCAAGAUGCAAGGGGUGCUUAUUGACGACCACCGAAUCCACGUCGACUUUUCGCAGUCAGUGUCGAAGCUCUCUGACUCGUGGCGCACAGCAACGAAUUCUAAGAGGCGGCAAGGCGGUGGCGGAUUUGGUGGCGUGAGUGGGCUGGAGAAAAAGAGGCAGUAUAAGGCAGACGACUAUGGAGUGAGGAGGGAUAGGUACGGGAUGGUAUAUGACGAGGAUGAACUGCGGAGGAGGGGUGAGAGGGAACGUGAAAUGGGCGGCAAGCCUAGUCGCAGCCCAGAAAGGCGUGAAAAAUCACGAAGCAGGAGUCCGAGCCCGCGCAGGAAAGAGACGCGUCACUACGAUUCACGAGACGAUGGAAGGAGACGCGACGACAGGGAUAGGGAUAGAUACCGUGACCGUGGCUACGAGAGUCGAGGCGGUGGUAGUAGAAGGGAUGACGGAUAUAGGAGGCGCUGAAGCGGCGUUGUAAACGGUUGCACUGCGUUGCGGCAUUAUUCCGUGACGCGCACGUAGAACCUAUGAAAUAAUCAAAAUAUGAAGCC